GUUUUCAGGUUUGAGAAACCAACGUGUCCCUUGAAAGACCGUGUCUGCGCCGUCCUUCGCAGCUCCAAAUCGUCGCUCGCUCUUCCACCCCGCCUGGCCUUUUGUCUGUCUUGGAGAUUCGGAGCCCCCCGGCUUUAAUAGUGGUUUGCCUCGUUUUUGCUGCUUCUUGCCAUUGCGUCGUUGCCGGCCAACUGGACGACAUACGAGUUCUCCGCACGCGACGACCUCGUAUCCAUCUGUGGCCGCACCCUUGCCAGGCCCAGUCGACAAUCUACCACCGAAUCUUGCUUCCUCUCGGCUUUUGGCGAGUUAUGCUAGCAGGGCCGCCUAUAGGAGCUUGAGCCUCUUAUACACAAACCUCAGUUCACGCCUCGUUUUCCCAACUUAUACGCCCGAUUGCAUCGGCAGACACCUCGCCCAUCAUGUCUCGGCGCUCACAGGACGUCGCGCUCCUGACUCCCGAGGAGCAGGACUUCAAGGACGUUGAAGCUGGAAAAAGCGAGAGCGAUCCCCAGAAUCAGAACCUCGAUCAUGAAUACUCAAUACCUAGCACCGUCAAGUUUACUUGGCUGGGAACCUAUUUUUUCCUCUCUCUUGUCCUCACUCUUUACAACAAAUUAGUCCUUGGCAUGUUUCACUUUCCCUGGCUUCUGACGUUCCUCCACACGUCUUUCGCCAGUGUUGGAACAUAUGUCAUGCUGCAAAUGGGCUACUUCAAGCUGUCACGCCUCGGCCGUCGCGAAAACCUUUCCCUCGUUGCCUUCAGCGCUCUAUUUACCGCCAACAUCGCCGUCUCCAACCUGUCUCUGGCCAUGGUGUCUGUUCCUUUCUACCAGACGAUGCGCAUGCUGACCCCCAUCUUUGCCAUUGUCAUUUUCCGUGUUUGGUAUGGCCGAACAUAUAGCACAAUGACGUACCUCUCUCUCGUUCCUCUCAUCAUUGGUGCUACUAUGACCACCGCUGGUGAGAUGAGCUUCUCCGACGCCGGAUUCCUCCUUACCAUUCUGGGUGUCAUCCUUGCCGCUCUCAAGACUGUUGUUACCAACCGAUUCAUGACCGGGUCAUUGGCCCUCCCGCCCGUCGAAUUCCUCAUGCGCAUGUCUCCCCUCGCCGCUCUCCAGGCUCUGGCCUGUGCCACAGCUUCCGGAGAGGUUGCCGGCUUCCGCGCACUCGUCAGAAGCGGCGAAAUUCAUCUUGGUCCCGCGUCUGCUUCUCUGGCUGGCAACGGUUUCUUGGCGCUACUUCUCAACAUCUCAUCGUUCAAUACCAACAAGCUGGCCGGCGCCCUGACCAUGACCGUCUGCGGCAACCUCAAGCAAUGCUUGACUGUCAUGCUGGGUAUUUUCUUAUUCAACGUCACUGUUGAUUUCCUCAAUGGCGCCGGUAUGGCCGUCACAAUGAUUGGAGCUGCCCUCUACAGCAAGGCUGAGUUGGACAAUAAAAACAAAAAGAAGCAGCAGCAAGAGGCCGCCUUCAAGCCUACUGAGCAGAGGUAGCCACUAUUGGCUGCGUAACAAACUUCAGCAUUUUGAUAUAUCCUUUUCUUUUCUCUCUCCCUUAAUGAUACACUAUAAAGAUGGAUAUUUGAAGAAAAAAGCCGGUUGGAGUAUUAGGGACAGCAAUUCGACCCGACUCAUGCUUAACCACGAACCAGAGAUGCUUCUAAUGGCUGGAUAAGCCCCAUGUUUUAAUAUACACAUUUGUCUAUUUGCUGCCGGUUAUAGGCAGCUUCAGAAAGAGAUUUUGGUGGGCUACGGAAGUUGUCACGAUCAGAUGGGAUAUGGCGUUAGGGAGAUGAUGAUACUCUAGCAACACAACAAUGGGUCCUGUAUCCGCGGGUGUUUGAUAAAAGUUGCCUCUAGGAUA